GGAAGCUUCUGUAUAUAACAGAGGAGAGCAGCUGAGACAUGUGAUCCUGGAUCCAGGAGCCCAGCACAUCAGUGGUCCCUCUGCAGGACUCCCCAGGAUCUGAGGGACCCCCCGCCUUACAAUGACUAUGAGGUCCUCUGUGGCUCCAGCCAUCAGGCUGAUGCGAGCUGUGUCCAGGGAUAGCUGGUAUCGGGGAUUCAUCAUCGUCCUGACGUUUUUAAUUUAUACAUCUUUUCACCUCUCCAGGAAACCGAUCAGUGUGGUGAAGAGUCAGCUGCACAGAAACUGUUCGGCGAUUCCCGAUCCACCCGCAAAUAUUUCAGAAAACGACACGACGUGGUGCAGCUGGGCGCCAUUUGAUGGUCCCAACUACAAAGAACUGCUGGGCUCCCUGGACACCUCCUUCCUGGUGGCUUAUGCCAUUGGCAUGUUCUUCAGCGGUAUAUUUGGCGAGCGCCUCCCCUUGCGGUAUUACCUGUCUGGCGGUAUGGUGAUAUGUGGGGUGUUUACAACCUUCCUGGGUCUGGGUUAUUACUGGAAUAUCCAUGGCCUCUGGUACUACAUUCUCUUUCAGAUAUUAAACGGAUUGGCCCAGACAACGGGGUGGCCCUCAGUUGUCGCCUGCAUGGGAAACUGGUUUGGUAAAGGAAGGAGAGGAUUCAUCAUGGGUGUCUGGAACUCUCACACUGCGGUGGGGAACAUACUGGGGUCUCUUAUUGCGGGGGCGUUCGUCUCCACUGCCUGGGGUCUUUCCUUCAUCGUGCCCGGAAUCAUCAUCGGAUCAUUGGGAAUCAUUUGCUUCUUUUUCCUUAUCGAAUAUCCAGAAGACGUCGGCUGCUCUCCUCCUAUACAGAACGAAGAAGCGAAGAAUGAGUUGGGGAACGUCCAAGUGAUGAACAGCAGCACCGAGAACAUCUUUAAGAAUCAGGAAACGGCUGACCUGGAGGAGUCGGUCACCCAACAAGAGGCGGUGGAGCACCCACAGGCCAUUAGUUUUUUGGGAGCCCUGAAGAUCCCGGGGGUGGUGGAGUUCUCGCUGUGUCUGCUCUUUGCCAAGUUGGUCAGUUAUACGUUCCUGUACUGGCUGCCGCUCUACAUCGCCAAUGUGGCUCACUUUGACGCUCAGAAGGCUGGAGACAUGUCCACUCUGUUUGAUGCAGGCGGCAUUAUCGGUGGAAUUAUGGCUGGAGCAAUAUCUGAUUUCUCUGGAGCAAGUGCCAUCACCUGCUCCAUUAUGUUAAUCCUAACAGCCCCCAUGUUAUUCAUCUACAAUCAUUUUGGACAGACUUCUGUUUCCGCCACAGUCGCUUUGCUCAUCGUAUGCGGGGCGCUGGUCAAUGGGCCGUAUUCACUCAUCACCACCGCCGUGUCUGCAGAUCUGGGAACACACCAAUCUUUACAUGGAAAUGCUAAGGCUCUUUCUACCGUCACCGCCAUUAUUGACGGCUCUGGAUCUAUAGGAGCGGCUCUGGGCCCGACCCUCGCCUCUGUGCUCUCAACCAUGGGCUGGAACUACGUCUUUUACAUGCUGAUUGUGGCCGAUCUCCUGGCUUGUUUGUUCUUGGCUCGUCUGGUGUACAAGGAAAUGAAGGAAAUGUGUUCGUGUUUCAAUAAGGCGAGAGGGUAUAGAAGCUUCUGGAAGUGUCCGGGUCCCAGCCAAAACGGGACCAGAGGACGCGACACACAACGAACGCUGCCUGCCACGUACGAAUACUCUGAAUAUUAAUCCCCCCGGACAGCAUGAAACCAACACAGAGGGGGACAAAGCCGCA